AUGCCAGCAGGGAGGUUAGAAGCCUCUAGCCUGGCUGACAGGCUCACAUCCUGCGCCGUGGUCUUCAUCGUUCGGGCGCCGCGCUGCCGGGAACUGCCGGUACAGAGGUGGUGGCACGAGGGCGCCCUCUAUUGUGUCGGCAACCUUCAGGCCUUCCUGGCCCACGCUGGAGGCAUAGCUGGUCUGAAGAAGCAUCUGGAGUACUUGAGCACCCUGAAGGUGAAGGGCGUGGUGCUGGGCCCAAUUCACAAGAACCAGAUGGAUGAAGUCAAUGAAACAGACUUGAAACAAAUUGACCCCACUUUAGGCUCCCAGGAAGAUUUUAAAGACCUUCUGCAAUCUGCCAAGAAGAAGAGCAUUCACAUCAUUUUAGACCUGACUCCCAACUACCGGGGUCAGAAUGCAUGGUUCCUUCCUGCUCAGGCUGACGUUGUAGCCGCCAAAGUGAAGGAAGCUCUGAGUUCUUGGUUGCAGGAUGGGGUUUAUGGGUUCCAAGUUCGGGAUGUGGGAAAUCUGACGGAUGCAUCCUCACACUUGGCAGAGUGGCAGAAUAUUACCAAGAGCUACAGUGAGGAUAGACUCCUGAUUGCAGGGACUGACUCCUCUGACCUCCAGCAAAUCCUGAGCAUACUCGAAUCCAUCAGUGACCUGCUGUUGACUAGCUCAUAUCUGUCAAGUUCCAGUUUUACUGGGGAGCAUACAGAAUCACUAGUCACUCGGUAUUUGAACGCCACCGGAAGUCGCUGGUGCGGCUGGAGUCUGUCUCAGGCAGGACUCCUGACAGCCUCCAUACCGGCUCAGCUGCUCUCACUCUACAAGCUGCUGCUCUUCACUCUGCCAGGAACUCCUGUUUUCAGCUAUGAGGAUGAGAUUGGCUUGAAGGCAGCUGCUGGUCCUGGACAGUCUGCAGAGGCCCCAUUGAUGCCAUGGAAUGAAUCCAGCCUCCCACAGACAUCAGAACCCAUAAGCCCCGACAUGACAGCGAAGGGUCAGAAUGAAGACCCUGGCUCCAUCCUGGCCCAGUUCAAGUGGCUGAGUCACCUUCGGGGUAAGGAGCGCUCUCUGUUGCAUGGUGACUUCCAUGCACUGGCCUCCUCACCUGGCCUCUUCUCCUACAUCCGCCACUGGGACCAGAAUGAGCGUUACCUGAUACUACUCAACUUUCAGGAUGUGAGCCUGUCAGCCAGGCUAAAUGAAUAA